AUGCCUCCAAGGUCCUCUGCAGCCAAUCUGUGCUACCUUCUCAGUCAUCGUCCAUAUUUGCUGUCACGCAGUGUGCCUGUCGGAUCGCGGCCCUUUCCCCCGAUCCUUUCUUCCGACCACCGGGCCCGCCGCUCGUUCUAUCCUUCUAUCCACCCUGCCUUCUCCGCCAAGUCCCCAACCAUGGCUCCCCUUGAGCGCAUCACAGAACACCUGGAGAAGCCAGAGCUUGAUGACCGGGCGUACAGAGUGAUCCGGCUGCCGAACCAGCUGGAGGCACUGUUGGUCCAUGAUCCUGAUACGGACAAGGCGAGCGCCGCUGUCAAUGUCAAUGUGGGAAACUUCUCGGAUGAAGAUGAUAUGCCAGGGAUGGCCCAUGCAGUAGAGCACCUGCUUUUUAUGGGUACAAAAAAGUACCCCAAAGAGAAUGCCUACAACCAGUACCUUGCCUCCCACUCGGGUUCUUCCAAUGCAUACACUGCCGCCACCGAAACGAACUACUUCUUCGAGGUCUCAGCCACUGGUGAUUCCGGUGACCAGAACCCCAGCGGACAGAGCACGCCCACCGAGUCGACAAAUGGCACCAAUGGAACUAAUGGCACUGUUGGUGACUCCUCGACAAGCUCCUCUGACGGCAAGUCACCUCUGUAUGGGGCUCUGGAUCGCUUCGCUCAGUUUUUUGUGUCCCCGCUCUUCUUGGAGUCGACAUUAGACCGUGAGUUGCGGGCGGUGGAUUCGGAAAAUAAGAAGAACCUCCAGAGCGACCUGUGGCGGUUGAUGCAGCUGAACAAGUCUCUCUCCAACCCGGCGCACCCCUAUCACCAUUUCUCAACCGGAAACCUGCAGACUCUGAAGGACGACCCGCAGAAGCGCGGGCUGGAAGUCCGCAGUGAGUUUAUCCGGUUCUACGAGAAGCACUAUUCGGCCAACCGGGCCAAGCUGGUGGUCCUGGGGCGGGAGACGCUGGAUGUGCUGGAGCAAUGGGUCUCUGAGUUGUUCGCCGACGUCGAGAACAAGAGUCUGCCUCAGAACCGCUGGGAUGAUAUCCAGCCCUUUUCAGAGGAGGACCUCUGUACCCAGGUCUUUGCGAAGCCGGUCAUGGACACGCGCUCCAUGGACAUGUACUUCCCCUUCCUGGAUGAGGAGAACAUGAACGAUACCCAGCCGAGCCGAUACAUCAGUCACUUGAUUGGCCACGAAGGUCCCGGCAGUGUUCUUUCCUACCUCAAGGCCAAGGGCUGGGCCAAUGGCUUGUCCGCUGGUGCUAUGCCCGUCUGCCCCGGGGCAGCAUUCUUUACAGUCUCGGUGCGCCUGACGCCCGAGGGGCUGAAGGUGUACCAAGAGGUCGCCAAGGUGAUCUUUGAGUACAUUGCCAUGAUCAAAGAGCGCGAGCCAGAGCAGUGGAUCUUCGACGAAAUGAAGAAUCUGGCGGAGGUAGACUUCCGUUUCAAGCAGAAGACUCCCGCCAGUCGUUUUACGAGUCGCCUGAGCAGUGUCCUGCAAAAGCCUCUUCCUCGCGAAUGGCUCCUCAGUGGAUCGCUGCUACGGCAAUUUGACCCCGUCUUGAUCAAGAAGGCUCUCUCGUAUCUCCGUGCAGACAACUUCCGGCUGGUCAUUGUCUCUCAGGAUUACCCGGGGCAAUGGGACCAGAAGGAGAAGUGGUAUGGCACGGAGUACAAGGUUGAGAAGAUCCCCCAGGAGUUUUUGGGUGGGAUCCAAAAGGCCCUGGAGUCGACCGCGGCAACUCGCACGUCCGACGUGCAUAUGCCGCAUCGAAAUGAGUUUGUGCCAACCAGGCUAUCGGUGGAAAAGAAGGAGGACGCAGAGCCAGCCAAGACGCCGAAGCUAAUCCGCCAUGACGAGCGCGUGCGUCUGUGGUUCAAGAAGGACGACCGCUUCUGGGUGCCCAAGGGGUCUGUCAACGUCACGCUCCGCAACCCUCUUGUGUGGGCCACACCUGCGAACCUGAUCAAAACUAAGCUCUACUGUGAGUUGGUCCGGGACUCCCUGGACGAGUACUCCUACGAUGCAGAGCUCGCCGGACUGGACUACCAUCUUGCCGCCAACAUCCUGGGAUUGGAUAUCUCGGUGGGCGGAUAUAAUGACAAGAUGUCUGUUCUGCUGGACAAGGUGCUGACCACCAUGCGUGGCCUGGUGAUCAACCCGGAUCGGUUCCACAUCAUCAAGGAGCGACUGACCCGAGCGUUCCGCAACGCUGAGUAUCAGCAGCCAUUCUACCAGGUUGGCGACUACACCCGAUACCUCCUUUCGGAGCGGGGCUGGGUCAAUGAACACUACAUCGAGGAACUGGAGCACGUGGAGGCCGAGGAUGUCACCAACUUCUUCCCGCAGCUGCUUGAGCAGACGCACAUUGAGGUUCUGGCCCAUGGGAACCUGUACAAAGAAGAUGCUCUGCGCAUGACGGACUCGGUCGAGGCGAUCCUUAAGGGCCGUCCGUUGCCUCCGUCGCAGUGGUACCUGCGACGCAACGUCAUGCUGCACCCGGGAACCAACCAUGUCUACCCGCGGACGCUGAAGGACCCGGCCAAUAUCAACCAUUGCAUCGAAUACUACUUGUAUAUCGGGCUCUUCUCGGACGCGACGCUGCGCUCCAAACUCCAACUGUUUGCGCAGCUGACGGACGAACCCGCGUUUGACCAGCUGCGGAGCAAGGAGCAGCUUGGAUAUGUGGUCUGGAGCGGGGCGCGUUACAAUGCCACUACACUGGGCUACCGGGUGAUCAUUCAGAGUGAGCGCACGGCCGAGUACCUGGAGUCUCGGAUUGAUUCCUUCCUGCGCGAGUUCGGACCGGUCCUGGAGGCGAUGCCCGAGGAAGAAUUUGAGGGCCACAAGCGUAGUGUCAUCAACAAGCGACUGGAAAAGCUCAAGAACCUGGGAUCGGAGACUGGGCGGUACUGGUCGCACAUUGGUUCGGAAUACUUUGAUUUCCUGCAGCACGAGACCGACGCGGCUCAUGUGCGCACGCUGACCAAGGCGGACCUGAUUGCCUUCUACCGGCAGUACAUCGACCCGUCGUCGUCGACGCGGGCCAAGCUCUCGAUUCACCUGAACGCGCAGUCGAGUUCCCACGCAGACUCGGCUACCCCGAGCGACAAACGGUCCCGUCUGGUUGAGGUGGUCAGCAAGCAGCUUGAGGCUGCCGGGCUUGCCGUGGAUGGUACUCGUCUGGGGACUUCGUUCCAAGAACUGGACCUGACGGUGGUUGAUCCCUCGCGGGUCUUGUAUGUGGUCAAGAACUUCUUGGCCACCGAGCUGACCCCGUCUCAGGAGCAGAUUGCUCCUGUUGUCGAGAAGCUGGAACGGAAUCUCGGCCUUCAGCUGAAACAGCUGGGGCUGGAUCUUAGCCGCGACGAGCAGGCCGUCAAUGGCACCACGGCUGCCGUCGCUAUUACCGAUGUACCUACCUUUAAGGCUAGCUUGCCUGUCAGCUCUGGGCCGGUGCCGGUAUCGGACAUCACCGAGUACGAGGAUUGUGACGCAAAGCUGUGA